AUGCCGGUUGGUUUGAGUGCCCCCUCUCUACCCAGCUACGGGGGAACACUAAAACUCUCCGCUCCUCCCGCUGACCGAAAUUUCCCUGUCCUGCCUCUCCGCACGCGAACCCGUGGCCCCGCAUACACCCUUCCCGCACUCCCUCCCGGCACCCUGGAGUCAAACAUUGACCCGGACAGCGAAUCAUACGACUGCCUCGAUGAAAUUCUCUCCCUAUACCGCGCAAAUACCUUCUUCCGAAAUUUCGAAAUCAAGGGGCCCGCGGAUCGCAUGCUGAUAUACGGCAUCCUGUUUGUCAGCGAAUGCCUUACUAAAGUUAAACCGGGCAUGCCUGCCAGAGAAGCGGAAAAGGUCCUCAUCAACACGUCUCUCGAUCACUUUGCAAUCCCCGGAGAUGCCUCUUUCCCGCUGAACCAGGCCUUCGAACCACCUCGCGAUCGCCAGGAUGCAGAGGCAUUAAGACAAUACAUCUCUCAGGUUCGACAAGAACUCGCCAUUCGAUUACAUGCCCGCUUAUACCCCGAAGGAGUUGGUCCGUCAAAGUGGUGGCUCGCUUUUGCCAAACGAAAGUUUAUGGGCAAGCAGCUAUGA